AUGACGGCGCCCUCGACUCAGGACAUGGGCGCAUCGCUCCAGUCACCCACCGGCGUCGAAUUCUGGCUAACGCUGACUGACCCAGCUGGUGCUCACUACUGGUAUUACUACUGCUGCACGCGGCCUCGGUCUACUAGAUGCAGCAUAGCUUCUCAGCCUCCUCCACUGCUACUGGCUGUCGCCUCCACCGCACGGCCCGCAAAUGUUGGCGGUUCACUCGGCCGGCGACCCUCCAAACUGCCCGUUAAUGCGCAUGGACACUUUCACCGCGAUUUCCUGCCAGGCGGGUCGGCUUGCCGUCCGCUCCUACAAGGUCAACGAUGCUCGCCUACCAAUGGCAUGAACCACCAUCUUCCUUCAGGCCAAGGGCUUUUACUCGAAGCGGGACGGGGUCCAUAG